CAGCCGGCCACUCCCUGUGGACCUGGCGAAUGAGACACAGCGGAUGCAGAGUCGGCAAGGAAAAGACCAGCCCCUGAGAGCCCCGUGGGAGGAGGAGCAGCCCAAACCCAGUGUGGGCGGUAUUGAUGCCUGCCUUGGCUUACUCCAGCCAAGAUGGAAGGUGACUUCCAAGAAUACAGAAGCAGCCAACAAGAAAGCAAAAGGGAGAGGGAAGAGGAAGAAAGCAAAUCAAGGUGCAGACAUGAAGUUAGCCCAAGAGAUGCAGUUUCUGCAAAGCUGCUGUGUGCAGACCGGCAGUCCUGGAGCACCGUGGGGAGCAAAGGUGCCUUCCGCUAUCAUUGGCAGAGUCACAAUGUCAAGCACAGUGGCGUGGACGACAUGGUGCUGCUGUCCAAGAUCACGGAGAGCUCCAUCGUGGAGAACCUGAAGAAGAGGUACCUGGACGACUACAUCUUCACAUAUAUAGGGUCCGUAUUAAUCUCAGUCAACCCUUUCAAGCAGAUGCCGUAUUUUGGGGAAAAGGAAAUUGAAAUGUACCAAGGAGCGGCACAGUAUGAAAACCCACCACAUAUCUAUGCCCUCGCGGACAGCAUGUACAGGAACAUGAUCAUCGACAGGGAGAACCAGUGUGUCAUCAUCAGUGGUGAAAGUGGUGCUGGAAAGACAGUUGCUGCGAAGUACAUCAUGAGCUACGUCUCUCGGGUGUCAGGAGGAGGUCCCAAAGUCCAGCACGUGAAGGACAUCAUCUUGCAGUCCAAUCCACUGCUGGAGGCCUUCGGGAAUGCCAAGACCGUCCGCAACAACAACUCCAGCCGAUUUGGAAAAUACUUUGAAAUCCAGUUCAGUCCAGGUGGGGAACCAGAUGGAGGAAAGAUCUCCAAUUUCCUUCUGGAAAAGUCUAGGGUGGUGAUGAGGAACCCUGGAGAGCGGAGUUUUCACAUAUUUUACCAGCUGAUCGAAGGCGCCUCAGCCGAGCAGAAGCACAGCCUCGGGAUCACCAGCAUGGACUAUUACUACUACCUGAGCCUCUCCGGAUCCUAUAAGGUCGACGAUAUCGACGACAAGCGGGAGUUCCAGGAAACCCUGCACGCCAUGAAUGUGAUCGGCAUCUUCUCGGACGAGCAGACGCUGGUGCUGCAGAUUGUGGCCGGGAUUCUCCACCUGGGCAACAUCAGCUUCAAGGAAGUGGGCAACUACGCGGCCGUGGAGAGUGAAGAGUUUUUGGCUUUUCCCGCCUAUCUGCUGGGCAUAAACCAGGACCGGCUGAAAGAGAAGCUCACGAGCCGGCAGAUGGACAGCAAGUGGGGGGGCAGGUCGGAGUCCAUCCAUGUGACCCUCAACGUGGAGCAGGCCUGCUACACCAGGGACGCGCUCGCCAAGGCCCUGCACGCCCGCGUCUUCGACUUCCUGGUGGAUUCCAUCAACAAAGCCAUGGAGAAGGACCACGAAGAAUACAACAUUGGGGUCCUGGACAUCUAUGGCUUUGAGAUAUUCCAGAAAAAUGGCUUUGAACAGUUUUGCAUCAAUUUUGUUAAUGAAAAAUUACAGCAGAUUUUUAUUGAACUGACAUUAAAGGCGGAACAGGAAGAGUAUGUCCAAGAGGGGAUACAGUGGACACCCAUUGAGUACUUCAAUAACAAAAUCGUGUGUGACCUCAUAGAGAACAAAGUUAACCCUCCUGGGAUAAUGAGCAUCCUGGACGACGUGUGCGCCACCAUGCACGCUGUGGGCGAGGGGGCUGAUCAGACGCUGCUGCAGAAGCUGCAGAUGCAGAUUGGGAACCAUGAGCACUUCAACAGCUGGAACCAAGGCUUCAUCAUCCACCACUAUGCCGGCAAGGUAUCCUAUGACAUGGACGGCUUCUGUGAGCGGAACCGGGAUGUGCUUUUCAUGGAUCUGAUCGAACUCAUGCAGAGCAGUGAGCUACCUUUUAUAAAGUCUUUAUUUCCUGAAAAUCUGCAAGCUGACAAGAAAGGACGCCCAACUACUGCUGGAAGCAAAAUAAAGAAACAAGCCAAUGACCUCGUGAGCACCCUGAUGAAAUGCACACCGCACUACAUCCGCUGCAUAAAACCAAACGAAACCAAGAAGCCCCGAGACUGGGAGGAAAGCAGAGUAAAGCACCAGGUGGAGUAUCUGGGUCUGAAAGAAAACAUCCGUGUGAGGCGAGCUGGUUAUGCCUAUCGGCGCGUCUUCCAGAAAUUCCUGCAGAGGUACGCCAUCCUGACCAAAGCCACCUGGCCAGUGUGGCAUGGUGAUGAGAAGCAGGGUGUCCUGCACCUGCUGCAGUCUGUCAACAUGGACAGUGACCAGUUCCAGCUGGGCAGGAGCAAAGUGUUCAUCAAAGCCCCCGAAUCUCUGUUUCUUCUAGAAGAGAUGAGAGAGAGAAAGUAUGAUGGGUAUGCUCGAGUGAUACAGAAAUCAUGGAGAAAAUUUGUGGCCCGGAAGAAAUAUGUCCAAAUGAGAGAAGAAGCCUCAGACCUGCUAUUGAACAAGAAGGAAAGAAGGCGAAACAGUAUCAACCGGAACUUCAUCGGGGAUUACAUCGGGAUGGAGGAGCACCCCGAACUCCUGCAGUUUGUGGGCAAGAGGGAGAAGAUUGAUUUUGCAGACACGGUCACCAAGUACGACAGGAGGUUCAAGGGUGUAAAGCGAGACCUGCUUCUUACCCCGAAGUGCCUGUACUUAAUUGGACGAGAAAAGGUCAAACAGGGCCCAGACAAAGGCCUCGUGAAAGAAGUCGUAAAGCGGCGAAUUGAGAUGGAGCGAAUCCUGUCCGUGUCCCUCAGCACCAUGCAGGAUGACAUUUUCAUCCUCCACGAGCAAGAGUAUGACAGUUUGCUUGAGUCUGUCUUCAAAACUGAAUUCUUAAGCCUCCUAGCCAAGCGUUAUGAGGAGAAAACCCAGAAGCACCUACCUCUGAAAUUCAGCAACACGCUUGAACUGAAGCUGAAAAAGGAGAACUGGGGUCCCUGGAGUGCAGGGGGCUCCCGGCAGGUGCAGUUCCACCAAGGCUUUGGUGACCAGGCCAUCCUCAAGCCCAGUAACAAAGUGCUGCAGGUCAGCAUCGGACCCGGGCUGCCCAAGAACUCCCGUCCUACCCGAAGGAACACUACCCAAAGCAGAGAUGAUUCCUCUAGGACUCAGAAUGCCAACUACCCGAUGAGAGCCGCCCCUCCUCCCCCAGGCCACCAGCAGAACGGUGUCAUCAAAAACCAGUUUGUGCCAUACCCCCAGGCGCCUGGAAACCAGAGGUCCAAUCAGAAGGGCCUGUACACCUCCAUGGCCCGCCCCCCGUUGCCGCGGCAACAGUCCACAGGCUCAGACCGAUUGUCACAGACGCCAGAGAGCCUGGAUUUCCUCAAGGUCCCAGACCAGGGUGCUGCAGGUGUCCGGAGACAGACGACCAGCCGGCCCCCGCCAGCGGGGGGCAGGCCCAAGCCCCAGCCCAAGCCCAAGCCCCAGGUGCCGCAGUGCAAGGCGCUGUACGCCUAUGACGCUCAGGACACGGACGAGCUCAGCUUCAAUGCCAACGACGUCAUCGAUAUCAUCAAGGAAGAUCCCUCCGGCUGGUGGACGGGUCGGCUACGAGGCAAGCAGGGCCUGUUCCCCAACAACUACGUGGCCAAGAUGUGAGGCGCCCGGUCACUGUCACGGACGGGGGAGGGGACAUCUCGGGGUUCCCCUUCUGAUCCACAGUGAGCAGGCGCUUCUCCAAGGCCCGGAGCUGUGCAGGUACCUUCCACACGGAGGACCCUGAGAAGUGGAGUGAGGGCCGGAGCACCACUCUGUAAAUGAUCCUGAAAGGGAGCCUAUUCGGAGGAGCCGGGAGGGCAAAAGCACCACCCAGCUAGAUUUAUUUAUUGUAUUUAAACCUGCUGAGGACAAGCAAGGGCGCUCGACCUUGUUGGCUUCUCUCCCAAUAGCAACUGGCUCUCCAGGCCCAAAGAAGCCCGUGGGGGCCCCUGACAAGUGCCUUGAAUCGAAGAGCACAUUUCUGUCCUCCCCGUUCCGUCUCUGACACGUUCCUCUGUGACCUCAAGACAAGAAGGACUGCACUGUGGGGCACAGAGUGCCCAGCUAGCACGGGCCCUGGCCUUGCUUUCUCUGGGUCUUCAGAUGGAAUGAGGCUGGCCUGUGCGGGUGUUAUGUGUAAUGCUGUACUUAUUACAAGAAGGAUCUCUCUCAAGCUGUACAUUUAUGAAAAAGAAAAACAGAUCAUAUACUGUAUAUAUAAAAUCUCGAGAUGGUAGAAGCGUGUCCGAAUG